AUGACACCGAGUCAAACGCUGGACGCCGAGAUCAGCGCCAUCCUAUCGCUGGAGAGUGUCCGAUCGAAGGCACAACAUGUGCUAGACGCCGCGAGGAAAGACUCCCUCAACCACUUUGACUUUGACGAGACCAAAAUGCCCGAGGUCGCCGAUUUCGUGCUCUCCAUCAUCUCGCGUGACUUUGGACCGGACAGGUACGAUCAGAUCCCUCCGCAUGGACGGUGGCAGCAGUUCAACGUCGGGAACAAGGACCGAAUCACCCCGUUGAUCGAAGAAUGGACGAGCCAGGGCUGUGACAAGAAGGAGCUCGCGCGUCGCAUGGUCGACUUGUUGUUUGUCUCGGUGUUGAUGGACGCCGGCGCCGGUGAUGUGUGGCAGUUCAGCGAGCCGGGAACGGGCCAGACGUACGGGAGGAGCGAGGGCAUAGCGCUGGCUACUCUGCACAUGUUCUUGGGCGGGAAAUUCCAGUCACAGAGCACGGGGGGUCACUUUGUUGAUGCCCGUGGUCUCACCGACAUGACCGAACAGACAAUGCAGCAGGGAUUUCAGAUUUCGACUAACAACGCGAUGACUGCUUUCUCAUCACGGGUGACGCUCCUCAACCGUCUCGGUGUGUCUUUGCUCAACCACACGUCCAUCUUCGGAGCUACGGGGCGACCAGGGAAUCUUGUUGACUACCUCUUACAAAACUCGACCGACUCCAAGAUCCUCGACUUUGCCUUUCUCUGGCAGACAUUACAACAGCUUCUUCUCCCCGUGUGGCCAGAAAACCGACCACACAUCGACGGACGGCCGAUCGGCGACGCAUGGCCCCUGAGGGUUCUUGCCCAGCGGGCCAAAGCCACAGGCGACGAGCGCCUCACGGGCCCCAUCCAGCCCUUCCACAAACUGACACAGUGGCUCGCGUAUUCGCUCAAAGUGCCGUUCGUGAGACUUCUCGAUCUGACGUGGCGGAACGAACACCUCAGCACCGGUCUGGCCGAGUACCGCAACGGCGGCAUCUUCGUGGACAUUCCCGUGCUGCGACUCAAGCCCGACGCCCUGCGGAGGGGGCAGGAGCUGUCGGGCCAGGCCCUGCCCCAGUUCGACGCCACGGGCGACGAAAUCGUCGAGUGGCGCGCCAUGACGGUCGCGCUGUGUGACGAACUCUACAAGAUGAUUUUGGCCCGACUCGGUGCGAGUGCGGACGGAAAGAAAGUACCCAUAAGUCUGGGCCAGAUGCUCGAGGCCGGCACUUUCAAGGCUGGUCGGGAAUUGGCUGCCAAGUACAGGCCGACGACCAGGUCCAGUCCCAUUCUGAUUGCGGGCGACGGGACCCUUUUUUGA